AUGUAUCACGCGCCGCAGCUGGGGUACGCCGCGCUGGGCUCGCUGGUCGCUUCGUCUGUGAGGCACCCGACUUGCGUGUGCGACUGCACGCCGCCCGCGCCCGACGAGGGCGUCCUCGAGCUGCUGGGUCAGCAGCUCCAGCGGGGCGGGCCCGAGCGGCUCACCGCCUGCCCAGAGGCUGCGGCCUGCCCUGUGGCGCCUGAGUGCCCUGGGUUGCUGGGCCCCUUGCUGGCCGCCGUCGCCGGCGGCGCGCUGGUGGGGUGUGUGCUGGCGGUCCUCGUCGUGGUGAUCCUCGGCGUGGGCGGAGCCCGGCAGCGGGCACGGGGCGUGGCGGCUCUCCAGGGGUGCGGGCUCGGCGAGAUGGAGCAUCCGUUCGCUGAGCACUUCGGCCUGAGGGAAGGGGACUUCGCGGCGGUGGAGUACAACUGCAGGCCGCGGGACUUGCGGCACGAGCGCUGCGUCGUCCUCCUCCCCGAGGGGGAAACCGAGCAGAUGGGUGUGGUGACGCUGGACGGGGACUGCUACCUGGAGACGUGGGCGUUACCAGAGGUAGCUUCGUGGACCCGCCUGCCCAACGGCUCCCAGGGCGGAGAUCUUGGGGACCCGAGUCUUCGGUGCUACCGCUUCCGCCAGGUCGGGCUGGCGAUCGCGGCCUUGGCGGCCCCACUGCCCUUGCCCCCGCAGGUCGAAGGGCCACCGGCGCCCCGCGGAGAGGCAGGGGCUCCGGCUGGCGCCACCGUUGGCGACGGGCUGGGCGCGGGCCGACCUCCAGGCAGGUGGGUGACCGCCGAGGAGCGGCAUGGCAUUGCGCGGCUGACCCCCUGGGAGGCCCCGCCCGCGGCCUGCGUGGUCGGCGACCGCGCCCUGGUCCAGCACGCGGGGAGGCCGCUGGUGCUGAUGCAGGAGGAUGACGACGACCUCCGCGCGCUGUCCGUGGUGUGGGAUCGGAUGAACGAGCGACGCCGCACCUGGGAGAGCGUGGUGGAGAACCUCAGCGAGAAGAGCUUCACCGACUGGCCGCUGAUGGGGCCGCGGGCGGCCGUGCGGCUGUGCCGCCACAUCCGCCUCAUAGGCGGGGGCCCGACGGCCUUCUCCACGCGAGUGGUGCGCGACAUGAAGAUGCUGAACAUCGGCAACCUGGCGUGCAUGGGGCUGGUGGGCAGGGGGGUCCAGCUGAUCAUGGGCGCGAGCUCGGGCGGUGGCGCCGCCGUCUGGGAAGGCUCCGAGCACUUCAUGGGCCUCGGGCGCAGGGCGCGAGGCAUCGCCCCGGCUCUUCAGAGCCACGUGGCCGCCAGGCUCAAAGACGAAACAGAGGUCGACAAGCAGCGCGACAAGGCGCGCGAGGCGCGCAGGCGACAUCAGAGGGUAGUGAGAGAGGCGUGCGAAGCUUUGAACUGGAUGGCGGGCGCAGUGCCGCCCGCGGACGGAGGGCCCACUCGCGAGGUGCAGGAGGUCGUGUGCAAAGACGUAGGCUUCCUUGCUUCGCACUACGCUGACGCCGCUUUUGCCGUGCCUUCUGAAGCAGCUCGCUCGCUUCUCCGGCGCAAAGUGGGCUGCGGCCCGUCUGGCAGCCCGGCACGCCCGUUCGUGAAGGGCCUCGUGUCGUUGCCAGCCGACGCAGCCGACUGCCCUUUGGCAGCUGAAAUGCUGGGCGAGCGAGAGCGUUCGAUGAUCGAGCGGCUGCCGAUUGAUUUUCUCUGUGAUGAGGAAGAGAUGAGGUCUGAGCCUCCAGUGAAGCCCUACAUGGGCCCCCGGCUCCGAGGGGGUAGUCGGGCCUAUGUAGAUGUCGUUAGAGAGUUGCAAAGUAUGGGCAUAGUCACCUCGCGACGGCAGCGCCGGGCAGAGUGUGCCAUGUUUGUUGUUGCGAAGAAAGACGGUCGGCUCCGUCUGAUAGUUGAUGCGCACGCAGCAAAUCGAGAAUUCAGGGGGCCCCCGGGAGUGGCAUUGGCCACAGUCGAGAACUUCGCCAGCGUCGAGGUGGGGCCCAAAGAUAAUCUGUACAUAUCUAAAGGGGAUGUCUCUAACUGCGUUGAUAGGCUCGGCAUCGACGGCCCUCUGUGCGAUUUUGUUGGUCUCCCUCCUAUUGAAGCUGGGGCCCUGGGGAUUGGACUUGUGGAAGGGGCCUCAGUGGCCCAAGACGAGUUUGUGCAUCCGUGCCUCAGGGCAUUGCCGAUGGGAUUUACGUGGAGCUUGUUCUUCGCGCAGAGGGCCGUGCAGAACGCCGUGUAUAAGGUGCCGCGCCUAUGCCCCGAGAAUGCCCUCGAGAACCGCUCGUGCAACACCGUUUUCGACACCAAGGGGAUGAGCCUGGCCCAUUACGUAUCUGUUGACAACGUCGGGGUCCUGGGUUUGGAGGCAAACGAGGUUCAGCAGGUCCGGGAGGCCGCGACCAGGGCUCUGGGCGAAGUCGGAUUGGUCACGCGCGAGCUCACCACAUCUACUCAUGUCGACGAAGCUCUCG